CAUUACACAUUACUCACAAUGCUCGUUAUCAAUUGUCGUCACAUGUAUCAGUGUUGAUUCAUGUUUAAAGUAUUAAUGUUUUACUUUUUAAGAAUUUCACAGAUUUGGAAUAUUAUUUAAACCUAUUAUAUUAGUGAUUGUGCGUUUUAGAAUCUGGAAAUAUUGUGUUUAUUAGUCGCAAUGGAAAUGUUAACUUCGUUAAAGAGGACAAAGAUGUUUUUUUUCCUUCUUGGACUAUUUAAUCCUGUGGACUUGAGACCAAGAGUUGAUUGGGAUAAAUACGAAGCGUUAAACUACAGACAAAGUACUAGUAACCACUCCUAUGUCUGUUCAACGGGUCGUCAGAGAAGUCUGCCCGGCAUUACUUACGACAAAAAAGGUCGUUAUUACAGCAUCUCUUAUCAUGGAAUUUGUCCUCAUCCUGAGAUGAAAGACUGGAAAUGUAAUGCGGACUAUAAAAAAUGUAUAAACGGGACAACAUAUCAUUGUGCCAGGGAUUCUAUAACUGGAGCAUUUACUGACGCAUGCGCUUUUCCGGUAUUUUGUGGAAAAGGAAAAGAACCUAUAAUACAAUACCCAGAAGGCCUGGCUAAAAUUGAUUGUCGAUAUUGCGAGGAAGAUCAUUUCAAUCCUGCAAACAUAAGUUCAGAUACUUAUUCCGAGUGUGAGAAGAAGAGAGCAAAAUGUCGUCAAGGUGAAGAAAUUGAGUGUCUUACUGAAGGAUACGCCAAAUAUUGGACACAAAGAAGAUGCAAAUGUAACUGGAAAAUGAACUAUAUACCUAGAAAUUUAAAAACCUUAAAAAAUUUAGAGACUACAGAUAAGUUCUGCCUAGAAGAUGUUACGUGCAUAUUUUAUAAGUGCAAUACCCGAGACGGAAAACGCCAACAACGUUUACCAGAUUAUAGCUGUGCGGAAGUAUGUGACCCAGAUUUUCAUAGAAUAAACGAAUCGGGGGAGUGUGUUCUCAAAGAAAGUAACGUUACAAAAGAAGGAACAUCAACGGCAAAUGUAUUUUCAGUUCCUACAACAAAAACAACAACAACACAAAAGAAACUUUCAUCAAUGUUAAGCACUGGCAUUACACCGUCUAAGAGUAACAAUGACAGCAGAACAUUGCCCACAACAACAAAAACAGAUGUUAGUAAAUACUGGGUAGGUAUUGUGAUAGGAAUUGCGAUAGGGAUCAUAGCUGUAGGUGCAUGCGGAUUCGUUGUUUGGUGCCGUUUCCAAAUAAGUGACGAUAAAAGACAAAACGGAAAAUCUGACAAUCAUAAUCCCAGUCCUCCUGGAACACCAGAAUAUGUCAGUUCUACUGAAGAUAGUAUCCAGAUAAGAUGGGAUCCGCCAGACGGAAAUGAAGCACAGCCCUUUAUAGGCAGCUAUGAAAUUGAGAUAAGAGAAGCUGGACAUCAGGCUUGGAAAAGUUUAGGGGAAGCGACUUACAAUAGAUGUACUGCCCGUGGCCUGAAACAGGAAACGUCAUACGAGUUCCGUGUUACUACUUUCCACAAAGGCAAGACAUUUUGUCAUUUCAGUGAUCCAAUACCACUUCAGCGGCCUUCAGUUGUUCCAGAGAUACGCACCCGUUUAGGUGAUACUAUAGCUAGGAAAGGAACUCCAGUUACUAUACGUGUUAUUUAUAAGUGUACAUCUGUACCAGACGUGAUAUGGAAAAAGGGUGAUGACGUACAUGAAGAAGAAGACGAUCGCGUGACGUUCAAACAUGAUGAUGUAGAAGCUGCAUGUGUAAUGGAGGUCAGGUCCGCUGAAAGAAAAGAUUCAGGCAAAUAUACAAUUAUACUGAAGAAUGAAAAAGGCAGCUGUCAGAAAUCAUUUCAAAUUAUUGUCAAAGAUGUUCCAGGCAUGCCUGUUGGGCCAUUAACAGUGAAUAACGUUCGGGAAUCAGAAAAUAAAUAUCGGCUGACAUGGAAACCGCCAGAGGACAAUGGUGGAAGUGAAAUAGAUAACUAUGUAGUGGAGCAGGAAAGUGAAACAGGAGAAUGGAAGCCAUAUAUUGCAUACGUAAGAGAAACAAGCUAUAUAUUAGACCUAACUCAAGAACGGAAAGAGUAUCGUUUCAGAGUUAAAGCCAAAAAUGAACAAGGAUUCAGUGUACCAUGUGAAAUGGAAACACCUUUUAUUCUAAGUGCACCCAAAGUGAACCAAGAGGUAAAGGAUUAUGUCGCAGUGGAGGGUAAUCCAUGUAACGUUUCAGUUCCUUACAGUGGCGUACCGAAACCUGAUGUUCACUGGACGAAGAAUGGCGUUGCAAUUAAAGAAGAAUCUGAGAGGAUCUCUUUUAAAACUGAUCAUAAGAAUAUUUCUUUGGAACUGAAUCCCACAGUGAAAACUGAUAGAGGAAAGUACAGUGUUAAAUUGAGAAAUCCAUUUGGCACGGAUGAGGUUUCAUUUUAUGUACAUAUCAAAUACAAGCCUGGUAAGCCAGAGGGACCAUUAACAUUUAAACGUUUAACGUCAACUGAAUGUCUUCUAAACUGGAAACCGACAGGGGACCCUGGCGGAAGUGUAAUAAAGUACCGUGUUGAAAAGUCAGAAUCUGGACGAUGGGUUAAAUAUUUAACUACUGUUGAUACUAGCUGCUCAUUCUCCUCUACUCCAGGGCUUGAACGAAACCAUUUUAGAGUCUCGGCUAAAAAUGAACAAGGGUACGGCGAAUCACUGUCCGGCGAACCAGUUGAAAUUGCUCGUUAUAGUCAUGAGAUAGAUACUGCUGAUAGUGAUUAUGAGUAUAAAAGGUAUAGUGCCCCAUCAGACAAGAAUCAACCGACAAGUCAUCUGAAGCUUACAAAAAUAAGGACACAAGAAAAUGAAAAUGACUCGGCAUUAUGUGUUUCAGGACAACAAGAAGCUUUGUCACCGCCCGCAUCCUUCUAUUCAGUAGACCAAACACUUGCGUUACCUACUGCUAUAGAACAAACCAACAACAAAAAGAACAAAGAGGACGCUAAAAGCAUAUCACUUACGAUGGAUAGCGUUAAAUGGCAUGGAAACAUAUCUGGCAAUUUUGAAUUGGAAACAAAAGACCAACUCCUCUCAUACAAACAAAAGAAACGUGCUAGUCUUCCCAGUUCCGGUAUAAUAAGUCACGAAACUAGAAUGGGAAAUAGUUCAGAUAAUGCAGUUGAAAUGAAAAACAAACAAUCGAGCAUAGAAGAUCAAGACGACGAUGAAACUUUCAGAAGUGUAAACCCUACCAAAUGAUGUUAUCGACUAGAAGAGUACAUGAAAUUAAUGACAAUUGCAAAUGGUUCAUGAUAGAUUCGUCAAAUUACUUGCAAUAUUCAGUAUAGUUCUUUAAUAAAUGAAACACUGCUUUUUAAAGACUGAUUGCUAUUAGAAAAAGUUUAAAUGUGUUAUAUGUAGAAAUUUAACGUGAUGUUAAUAAAAUUAUCAAUUUCUCAACGGGUAGUUAGGAUCUAACGAAAGCAACCAAGAUGUCUGCAAUUGCAAAAUGAUCCACAAUGCAGUCUUAAUAAUUGUGACUUGUACAAUAUUUUACCGCAACGACAUCCCAAAUCUAAAAGUAAUUGUUACGCCAAUUCCUAGGGACAUUUUUAAGCACUACAGAUGAAUAAAAUAUAAUGAUUGAUCUA